AUGAGGAUGGCAUUAUGCUGGCCAAGCCUAAUCCUCCUGAUAUUCGGGUUCUCAAUACACGCCAACGCCGCAGCUUCAAAGUCCAACUACAUUCUCACACCUGAGCUGACGAAUUUCAUUCCGACAUGCGCCCAAGAAUGUUUCCUUUCGUUUCUAGAUGGCAACUUUCCUCCUGGUACUUGUUCGACGAAGCCGACUCUAGAUUGCCUAUGCUCAACUAAUAGCACAUCUGGGUAUACGAUUGGGGAGGGAGCAGUACAGUGCAUAAUAUCGGAGAUCAAUAUUGGGUUCUGCCAGGGCAGUUCCGCGAAGGAUUCGGUUGUGAACGGCGCAUAUGGCAUGUGCACAGGACAGAAAAGUGCACUGCCAAACACGCAUGCGACGAUCACUGCCACCCUUAUUUUGCAGACUUCGAUGCCAAGUAUCGUCCUAGUGGCACCAGCACCAAGUAUAUCAUCAGUUUCUGGUCAAUCUUCUUCAGUCAUUGCAAGCACCACUACAAAUGCUUCAUCAAGCCCACUCGCUACAGCCACAAGCCGACCAAGCCCAAGCAGUUCAGCGUCAAGUACAGUCUCUUCCGUUCCCGCAGCGUCCGAAACGGUUUCUCCAGAACCGAUUCUCACGAAGAAUCAAAUUGUGGGAAUCACAGUGGCUUCAAUUGGAGGAGGCGUGGUUGCAGUUGGACUUCUCAUUCUCUUCAUUUGCUGCAGAAGAAGGAAGAAAAGAGCGCGUGAAAGUGACUUAAUUCCAUUUCAGUUGGAGCCAAAUCAUGUCAUGAAUCAGAAGAAGUACAAGUACAAGAGCUUCAAAGGCCCCACGGAGAGAAAACCAGGUGGGACAAAGAAUGGCGUGGCAGCGAAGGUCCCCCCUCGCGUACCACCACGUUUGGACACUUCUAGUCCGAACAUGUUCUCAAGGAGAAGUAUCAGACCGGAUACAAUUGGACUUGCUAUCUCACCCGAACAGGCAAUAUCUACAGAAAAGCAGCAGCGCCGCUCGUCUAAGCUGCUGCCGGAGAAGCCAAUCCUGACGCUCAAAGUACCCAAACAAGCCGAAAAGCCCAUCAAUGGUCUCUCAUUCAACCAACCAACUGUUCAGCCGUCGGCCAUCAGCAGGCAGAGCACAGCUACGCAAUUCGAAGAGGACUAUGACGAGAGUGCAGAUACAGCAGUUGCGGCUGAUGAUUCAUGGACUGCGAAAUCUACAGAUCAGAUCCUAGAUGCAGGAACUGGAACAUGGCAAACGAUUCGACAAGUUGAUCCUGAGGGAACUUGUAGCGAGGCGUAUCACUGGCGACCUAUGAACAACUUUGCCAGCCAGAGUAUAAAGAAUGGAAUGUCAAAUCCAGAUUAUUACGUCAGGCCGUUGAGUGUGACAGGCCGGAAAAUUGGGAGUUUCUCACAGCCACGAGUACCGAAUGCAUAUCCACGGCAACAAGAUCAACAACUCUCUGUCCCACAACAAAGUCGCCCAAUCACAACCUCAUCGUCAGUCUAUUCAGCUCGAGGCUCGGUCUCAAGCAACGACCAAGGCCGUAACAGUAAUUCUCGACCCCACCGCUUCUCAUACCAAAAAACAGGGCCAUAUGACAAUCAAGACUCCGCAGUGUCUUCUCAAGACCGAGAUCAGGAUCCUAAAACAGCAGGAACAGAUUACCCACUCUCCCCUGUGGUAGAAUCUCCUGCCAGCGGACGAAGUCCAGUUAGCUAUCCUAAGAUUCCACCUCCAGGAGCUGGAGGUAUGAGACGUCUCAGCCAAAGCACGAUUCGUAUGGUUCCUCCGCCACCGCAACCUGAUUUCACAAAAGCUCUAGGAGCUGGUAAACCGUGGCGACAAGCCGAAAUAGCUGCGCAAAUCGAGCGUGAAAGAGCCGCUCGAGCACAGGCUCAAGAAAAUGCCCAGAAACGAGAACAAGGACAAAUGGGCAUGCACAGUUUACAUCGCCAAGAAUCUCAACGUCCAAGAGAAGCCCGAGAGAACAAUCAAACAACAACAUCUCCCAUAUCCUUCGCCUUUCCCGCGCCUCCACCACAAGCUCUCAUACCUGGACGUUCGCAAACGACAUCUCCCCCAGCCAUCCCAUCCCCCUACCUCUUCCGCUCACCAUCUCAAUCGAAACUCGUUCCUCCGCCUCUCCUACGAUCUCGGUCCCAGCUCCAGAGAGAAGCGAGGACGCCACCUCCAAGCCAGAACCAAGGCGGUUUCGUAUCCCAGCAGGGCCAGUUGCAAACUGUGACUGAGUCUCCACCAACGACGAGAAUGGCACCAACACCACCACCAGGAUUGUUAAGCACGAGAUCGCCAUUGACGAGGGUAGGGAGGACGCCAUCGCCGAACCUAAACCAAGGUCAAUUGCAAAACCAGAGCCACACUAGGCCUCAACAACAAACCCAAACCCUCCAAUCGGUAACGGACUCCCCAACUCAGCACUCAAGGACCAAACUCUCACCCCCACCUCUCCUCCGCUCACGCUCUCAACUCCAACGCGAAGCCCGCACCCUUCCCCCUCUCCAAACCCAACUCUCCCAACCAGCACAUUCACAACCGCAAUCAGCACAUCCCCAAUCCGCCACAACAACAUCUUACCGCCCCUUCCCCGGCAACCCCAACCCCCUCUCCUCUCACCCCUCCAUAACAUUCACCCGCUCCUCCUCGCUUGUGUCCCAGAACUCCCUCCAAACCACCCUCUCCACAUCCACAUCCUCCUCUCUCCUCGCUAAACGCCGCGGCACAGAGAAAGCCUCUACACUUACGCUCAAGAAUGAAGAAGAUAGAAAGAAGCAGAUUGCCAAGUGGAGGGUGCUGAAGAGAGAAGAGAUUGAGUUGGCGAAGAAAGAGGGGUGGAGACCUAUGCUUGGGAGAGAAGGUGGUGAGCCUGGGAAUGGAGGAACUGGGAAUGGAGGAUGGCUGGGACCGAGGGAGUAUGAGUUUGAGAGGACGGAGUUGCCUACUACGCCUGGGUGGGUGCCGAAGUUGACGCCUACGAGGAGGGGAGAUGAGUUGUUUUUGAGUGUGCAGUGA